AUGGUGUAUUCCCCCGGAGCCAAUAUCCCUUGGAACCCCGCCUCCAGGCCCCUCUGCCAGCCCUCAGCAGCCUCCACUUGCCCUGUGGACAUCAGAGCCCUGGCCCCAGGAUUCCCCUUGUGGCACUGGGCAGCCCAGACCACCCUCCCCCAGCCAUUCCCACUGCUGCCCGAGGGAGGCCUCAACCUUGGGCCAGAGGGUGGCAGGGCAGGGGGCUCCCCAAGCUACACUUGGUCCCUGGAAAGCCUGGAGGAGGGCAAGCUGGCCAGGCCCUGCAGCAGCCACAGCCUCCCGGGCCUAGGAGCCACUGCCGCUGGCCUGGCGUGGCCGGCCUGCCGGCAUCAGCUUCCAGGACGCAGGAGCUCCUACCCCAUCUGGGAGGACUUCAACUCCAAGGCCACGAAGCUGCAUUCCCAGCUGAGGACCACUGUGCUGGCUGCUGUGGCCUUCUUGGAUGCCUUCCAGAAAGUGGCUGACAUGGCUACCAACACCCGAGGGGCCACGCGGGACAUCGGCUCGGCGCUCACGCGCAUGUGCAUGCGCCACCGCAGCAUCGAGACCAAGCUGCGGCAGUUCACCAAUGCGCUGCUGGAGAGCCUCAUCAACCCGCUGCAGGAGCGCAUCGAGGACUGGAAGAAGUCCGCCAACCAGCUGGACAAGGACCACGCUAAAGAGUACAAGAGAGCCCGUCAUGAGAUCAAGAAGAAGUCGUCAGACACUCUGAAGCUGCAGAAGAAGGCACGAAAAGAGCUACUUGGGAAAGGAGACCUGCAGCCCCAGCUGGACAGCGCCCUGCAGGACGUCAACGACAUGUACCUACUGCUGGAGGAGACGGAGAAGCAGGCGGUGCGCCGGGCACUGAUUGAGGAGCGAGGCCGCUUCUGCACCUUCAUCACCUUCCUGCAGCCCGUGGUGAACGGAGAGCUGACCAUGCUGGGAGAGAUCACCCACCUGCAGGGCAUCAUCGACGACCUGGUGGUGCUGACUGCAGAACCCCACAAGCUGCCUCCCGCCAGCGAGCAGGUGAUCAAAGACCUGAAGGGCUCAGACUACAGCUGGUCCUACCAGACCCCACCCUCAUCACCCAGCAGCUCCAGCUCCAGGAAGUCCAGCAUGUGCAGUGCCCCCAGCAGCAGUAGCAGUGCCAAGGGUGGCGGAGCCCCAUGGCCUGGGGGUGCCCAAACAUACUCACCCAGUUCCACCUGUCGCUACCGCAGCCUGGCGCAGCCAGCCACCGCCACCGCCCGCCUUUCCAGCGUCUCCUCCCACGACUCUGGCUUCGUCUCCCAGGAUGCCACCUACUCCAAGCCCCCCUCGCCCAUGCCUUCAGACAUCACCAGCCAGAAGUCCUCCAGCUCCGCAUCCUCCGAGGCCUCGGAAACCUGCCAGUCUGUUAGCGAGUGCAGCUCUCCCACCUCGGACUGGUCCAAGGCUGGCCCCCACGAGCAGCCCGUGGGCACCACGCUGCAGCGGAGGAAGGACCGAGUAGAGCUCCUCCGAGAUACAGAGCCAGGCCCCACCAGCGGGGGCACCCUGGGCCCCAGUGGCGAGGAGGCACCGCGACCCCGGAUGUCCCCUGCCACCAUCGCAGCCAAGCACGGUGAGGAAGUGUCCCCUGCGGCCAGUGACCUGGCCAUGGUACUGACCCGUGGCCUGAGCCUUGAGCACCAGAAGAGCAGCCGGGACUCACUGCAGUACUCAAGCGGCUACAGCACGCAGACCACCACACCCUCGUGCUCCGAGGACACCAUCCCUUCCCAAGGCUCCGACUAUGACUGCUACUCCGUGAAUGGGGACGCAGACAGCGAGGGCCCACCGGAGUUCGACAAGUCAUCCACUAUCCCGCGCAACAGCAACAUCGCCCAGAACUAUCGCCGCCUGAUCCAGACCAAGCGCCCAGCCUCCACCGCCGGGCUGCCCACCGCGGGGCUGCCCACAGCCACUGGCCUGCCCUCGGGUGCACCCCCUGGCGUGGCCACCAUCCGCCGCACACCCUCCACCAAGCCCACUGUGCGCCGGGCCCUGUCCAGCGCCGGCCCCAUCCCCAUCCGGCCACCCAUCGUCCCUGUGAAGACACCCACGGUGCCGGACUCACCCGGCUACAUGGGGCCCACACGGGCAGGCAGCGAGGAAUGCGUGUUCUACACUGAAGAGGCCGCCUCACCCCUGGCACCGGACCUUGCCAAGGCAUCCCCAAAGAGGCUCAGCCUGCCCAACACAGCCUGGGGCAGUCCAUCCCCAGAGGCAGCUGGCUACCCCGGGGUGGGGACCAGACUGGCAGCUGAGGACGAGGAGGAGCAGCAGCAGCAGUUGGCUGCCAACCGGCACAGCCUGGUGGAGAAGCUGGGGGAGCUGGUGGCGGGCGCCCAUGCCCUGGGCGAGGGCCAGUUCCCCUUCCCCACUGCCCUGUCGACCACCCCCACAGAGGAAACACCCAUCCCGCCCCCGGCUGCCACCAGCGACCCCCCGGCUGAAGACAUGCUGGUGGCCAUCCGGCGUGGGGUCCGGCUCCGCAGGACCGUCACCAACGACAGGUCGGCGCCCCGCAUCUUAUGAUGGCGCCACCCUCCCCACCUCUCUGGCUCCGGUGCGAGCAGGAGGCCUGGUCUGUGAGCAGUGGCCACGCAGAGCAAAGGCACAGCCAGGAGAGAGGACAGAGCCAGGGAAGAGGCAAAGCCACUUUACAGAGAGAGACACCCAGCUUGGACUCCAGCGUUUAAACAGGAAGUGACUUCAAGCCUUGCCAGGACAGAGCCUGC